ACAAGACUCUCCAGGACAAGUUGGACACGGGAUGAAAGGAGCAGGGGGCUUCUCCCAACCUGCAUCUGAUUACUGACGGCUACAGUGUUAACAUGAGUGCCGGCUCGGUGGACCAGGAACCGACGCGGAAGCUGGGCUGCUGUGGUGUCCCUGUGAUUACGGAAGAUAUGCAGGCUUUAGCCAUCCGAAGCUUGUCUGGGGGUGAAGUACAGAAGCACUAUGAAUUCAUACGGGAACUGGGGAAGGGAACUUAUGGCAGAGUGGAGCUCGUGUCGCACAAGAGUACAGGCAACAAGAUGGCUUUAAAAUUUGUCAACAAGAACAAGACCAAGUUGAAGAGUUUCCUGCGGGAGUUCAGUGUGACCAGUGCUCUUUCCUGCAGCCCUUUCAUUAUAAGAGCCUUUCAUGUCCUCUUCCAGACGGAGGACUGCUACGUCUUCGCUCAGGAGUACGCUCCAGCUGGGGACCUCUUUGAUAUUAUUCCGCCACAGGUCGGCCUCCCUGAAGACAUGGUGAAGCGAUGCGUACAACAACUUGGACUGGCUUUGGACUUUAUGCACAGCAAGAGUCUGGUUCACCGUGAUAUCAAACCAGAGAAUGUCCUUCUCUUUGACCGUGAAUGUCGACGGGUUAAGCUGGCUGACUUUGGCAUGACUCGUAAAGUGGGCUGCCGUGUAAAACGAGUUAGUGGCACUAUCCCAUACACAGCCCCUGAAGUGUGCCAGGCUGGCCGAUCAGAAGGUUUUCCAGUAGAGACAAGUUUGGACGUCUGGGCCUUUGGAGUACUUAUCUUCUGUGUCCUCACUGGCAACUUUCCCUGGGAGUCAGCAUCACCAGGAGAUGCCUUCUUUGAGGAGUUUGUACACUGGCAGAAGGGUCGUCUGCCCGGUCUUCCGUCCCAGUGGCGACGGUUUUCAGAUAACGCACUACGAAUGUUCCAACGGCUUCUUGCAUUAGAGUCCGAAAAAAGGAGCCCGGUCAAGGAGGUUUUCUACUACAUCAAGUAUGACUUGCUCUCAGAAGCUAGACGUAGACCUUCCUACCGAACACGCAAGCAGCCGGGAGAAAAGCUACCACCUGUGCCCCAGCGGCACGACAACCCCACUCCUCUCAAGAGGACAAUACUCACAGAGGGAGGUUCUUCACCUCGUGUACCACACUCCCUGCCAGAUCAAGGCCAGCCAACUGCUGCCUCUGGCAGGACAGAUGGACGACAGGACAAGAGCAAAGCUCAGAUGCUGCUGGCAACUGCCAUUGAAAUCUGUGUGUAAAAUGGACACACAUUUGGAUUCUUCUUUAUUGGAAAGUGAUGUCAUUGUCUCCAGUAAAGGUCACCUGAUGGCUUAAGACAUAAAGCAGGUUUGACCUCUUAUCGUUUAUUGAUCAUGAGCCUACAAGCAAAAAAACAAAACAAAAGUUAAAGUGAGAAUGGCUUGCUGAUCAAACUGAUGUGGUUAAUGUUGGAGUAGAAUGGGAGGGGAUAAAGUAGCUUUUGAUCAAACCUUGGAAGGAUCGUUAGGGUUCGUGACUGUGUGUUGUUCCUGCCUCUGAUUUUAUAGAUCAGAAUCUUUAUACUACAGUUCUGUAGUGGUCACUGCAAGAUUUCUGAAAACUUGUGCAAGGCAGACAAGCUUGCCCCUUUCCUGUAGGCAACCAAAUCCUACAGUACACACAUCUCUACAAAUUACACAACACAAGCAGAGCUAGUGCAAUUUUGCCUCAUAUAAACUACCCCUUUUACUGUUACACAUAAAUACAGUAGCUGACUUGGUCUAAAUGAAUUCUGUCCCACAAAUGUUAAUGCCCUGAAUAUAGGGCAACUUGGAGUAUGUUUGUUUUAACUGGUGCACACGACCUCUAGAAAAAUGAACCAACCAGAAGUCUCAAUUCAUGCUGUCAGUAAGAUUUUUUAAGAUAGCAUUGAUCCUGAUGCCAAUCAAGCUGUACAACUGUUGUUUAAUAGCAAAAGUCUCAACAGUAUGGCAUCUGAUCAAUUAUUGUGAAGAAAGUCCUACAUUUUUAGUCCAUUCUCAAAUCAGUUCUUACACAUAAUCGAUCCAUGGGCCAACAAACUCAAAUGAUGCCAUCAUGGCCAAAGCCUACAUGGCCAGUCCACCCAACAAUGACAUUUCUGUUUAAGAGUCCUGAUUUUUUUUUUAGGGUUUGUCUAGCUGCAUCCACUAGUUGUUGACAAUAUUAGAGGGUCUCAUUCUCAUUGGUGGUUUGGUUUUUGUGAAUUGAUGGAGAGUGUUGCAACUCAAAUGAAAUUUCU